CAUAAGAAUAUUUUUAUUAGUAAACUCAAUAUGAAGCCUUGUAAUUCAUCGAGCAAGAUGGAACGUCAACCAGAGACUCCUAAGAGGAGAAGAAAUGUGGAAAAGAAUUCUCCACAGUCAUCGAAGUCAAGUGCAGAGUCAACUGCAGCUAUGUUCAGCGGGAAGAAGCGGGAUAGGAGUUCCAGUACAAUUACGCCAAAGAAGAAGUACAUGAGUGUUGUGAAUUGGGAGAAUAGACAGUUUAUGGCUGCCAGCGCUAGGUCUAGACUUGAUUUUGACAAUUGAGGGGCUGGUGAACAACCCAAGACUAAGAAAAAGUAUUGGACAGAGGAGGAGGAUCAAAAGUUGAGAGGACUUGUGGCUCAAUUUGGAGCGAAAAAUUGGAAAAGGAUAGCCCAAUGCUUUGGAAACCGUUCAGAUGUGCAGUGCCUCCACAGAUGGCAGAAAGUCCUCAACCCCGAACUCGUCAAAGGUCCCUGGACCAAACAAGAAGACGACACUGUCAUCUCUCUUGUCAGGAAAUAUGGAGCCAAGAAUUGGUCGUUCAUUGCUUCCAAGUUGAAUGGGAGGAUUGGGAAGCAGUGCAGGGAAAGGUGGCACAACCACUUGAACCCUGACAUUAAGAAUGAUAAGUGGACAGAAGAAGAGGAUAGAAUCAUUCUUGAAGCUCAACAAAAAUAUGGAAAUCGAUGGGCUGAAAUCUCAAAAAUUCUGCCAGGAAGAACAGAUAAUGCAAUAAAGAACCAUUUCAAUUCUACGCUGAAGAGAAAACUGAUAAAUCAGUUUAAAAUGAGUGACUCCUCAAUCACCAAAAGGGAUUUAAAAGCUGACUUGAAGGAAUAUGCAGAAAUGAGAGAAGAACACAACACAGAUAUGAUCCUGAUAAAGACCUAUCCAGAAGGCGGCAAUAGUCAUAAACAGCCUAAUAACCUGAAUGUAAACGCGAUCUGCAUCAAAGUUGUAGGAGAUGAGACCAGAGACCUUCAAUUCAGAGAAACUUUUGAAAAAUCAGAAUACACUCCUAAAGAGGAGUCAAAAUAUCCAUUAGAAGAUGUCUGUGAGACAAGGCCUUGAAUGGUGUUGCAUAAUCCUUCUUAUGAGAAGCUUUCCAGUUUUAACUCAAACACGCAUAAAGGAGUCGACUUAUUUAGCUCAGUGUCCCUCUUUACAGAGAUUUCAUCACUUCACGGAAACCAAAAAUAUUCUGGGAAGAAGCCAGGCUCUGAAAUUUUGAAGGAUUCACCUUCGAAACAAAAAGUUGAUUACAAGGUAUGCCAUUCUUUAAUGUCUGCUCUAUGGAAACAAUCUCCAAAGAAGGAAACUGAGAAACUGUACAAAAAGCAUAACCUGGAGAGACCUUCUGAGGAUCAAGAAGAGGGUGGGCUUGAGCUAGUCCUUUCGCAUAUGCCUUAAUUAGAUUUUCAUUCAUCAAAUUCUCUCAUAUUGGA